AUGCUCCCUCUCACCUCGUUUGCUGGUUUCAAACGGCGUUCUGACCGCUCUAUCAGCACUAGUGCAAAUCUUACUGGCCCAGAGCCACAGCUUUCUACUCCUGGCUUGCCUGCUAUGGUCGCAUCUUCGUCAUCUACUUCAACACCAUCUUCUCAGCAGGAGAUCGAGCGCAUGUGCCCAGGCCUCUCGGAAGAAGAUAUGUCAGGUAUAUCUAAUUACUUGCUUCGAACUACGUAUAUUGGGGGAGGAAGUCGCGCAUAUAAGCACUUUGCGUUUGCUCUUUAUUCAAUACCAUAUGCCGAACUCGGAGCAGAAGAGCAACAGAAUGUUCGGAACGAAGCUCAUGGAAAUGUCGCCUGGCGUGUAGAUGAGUCCCGUAAUGUUGUUAUUGCCUCGGCCUGUACUCGCAUUGCUCGAAGAGGGCGCACUUCAGACGGCAGAUUGCGUUCAUGCAAAAAUUGUGCGGCUCUGUUGAAGCUCCGACGUUUCAGAGCCGCUGUCCGAUAUGAAGCAAAGCCGAAUCAAAAAUUUACCAAUAGGCGAUGGGUUCGGGCAUCCUCGUGCAUGCAGUUUGCGAAGGUACACGGUGUGUAUGAACUCAUUGUCAACAAGGACGAGAGGACUCCAGCGCAACGAUUUCUUUUACAGGUACUUAAAGGCGAAAUGAAAGAUCGAAAGAUUUUCUGUGGGAUGGUUGAAGUGAUGGCAAUGAUGGACGACAAGGCGCUUCGUGGAGUUGGCCUUCAGAAUGCCAAAUAUCCCCCCGAAUUCGACCAAUUUUGCCACGAAAUCGUCAAUAUAUCCCCACUUGCAUAUCAAACAUUUCGUAACAUCUUUGGGGGUCGAACUGCAUCGAAUUUUCGAGUAAUCCGAGGCCGAGAGCGUCGUUUCCCUCUAGCAAUCGACGAUGGUGUUUUCGAAAUUGCACAGAUUUAUUUUUCUUCGAUUAAUUACACAGGCCCGGUGUGCUUGUCAUGCGAUGACACCAAGCUCCUGCCCGCUCUCAAAACCUACUACGAUACAAGUACAAAACUGUGGUAUUUGCUUGGCGGAACUACGGGCGCCAUCGCUGUUGCAAGCACAGAAGAACUUACGUCAAUUCUGAAGGAUGGGAAACUUUCCAAGGCUUCGAAGCUUCGGCUCUGGGUUUUACAGGUCCCAUUGCCGCAUAUACCCCCUCUUGCCAUUGCUGCACUACCAAUUGCCUCAAAUGCUACGACCCAGUCACUUAUUGGCUACUUGAAACUUGUCAUUCAAGGCCUACUUGCCCGAGGAAUACAUGUCAUUUCGUAUGCUACGGAUGGCAGCGCAAUCGAACAAAAUAUCCAGGAGUCACUCUUUAUGUCCAUGGAUAAAUACCGACACUAUACUGUCCCGCAUCCUUCACGGCGCCUUCCCAACAGCCUAUCUACUCCAGACCCCUUGGACUUCAAACUAGGUCUCUUAGACGGCAAGACCAAGGAUAAUCCAUGUGUAAUCAUCCAGGAUAGUAAACACGCACUCAAAACAUUGCGUAAUACCCUAUACUCAGGUGCUCGGCUUUUAGUAAUGGGUUCCAGGACACCAAUGUAUUCUCAAGUUCGCGACAUUGCUGAAGAUCCCGAUUCAACCCUCCAUCGUCGCGAUGUCGAAAAUAACGAUCGGCAGGACGAUGUUUCCACGGAAUGUGUAUUCAACCAGUUCACACUUUCAUUCGUAGUCAAAAAACGACCCCAGUACCUUGGCUUAGCAGUCUAUCUAUACAUAGCAGGUGAACUCGGUGAUGCAUACCAGAGCCGACACAUUUUGCACGCAGAUCGGCUGUGGAUGGUACUUCGAGCAAAAUUCUUCUUCGAUUUCUGGCGACAAUUUCUCCUGGACUCUGGCUACUUAUUAUCUCGAUAUUUCAUCUCGCAACAGGCUUUCAACAUCUUAACAACAAUAAUUGAGGGCUUAAUCUUGCUCAUCUAUGCUUAUCGUGACUAUAUGCCCGAGGGGACUCCCCUUUUACCCUGGCUGCACUCGAACUUUACAUACCUUGACUUUAUUUUCUCUGUGCCUAAACUUCGUGUUCUGCUCCGCGCAUCCUAUCGAAACAGUCCCGAGUUUUCCGCAGCAUCGACAGAGCGUCAGAGGAAAGCAACUGGCUACCAGCAUACAUACAUGGAUUCAACAAAUGUUGACUUGUCACUUCUAGCUUGCUUCCCAACAGACGGCGAGAUUGCAGAAAUUGCAUAUAUUGCAUACCGCGAGGCGAUUCUACUUGCUCAGGCAGUGAAUAUACUUCCCGAUGACCUGGUCCCUGCAACAGCGCUGGACCAUACAAGUACAUUUGAUCAAUCUGAAGAAGAUACAAGCCCCGAGUCCAACACAGGUGUGGCAGAAGACUUAUCAUCAAGUGAAGCGUUUCAAGAGCUAGUUGAGCUUGCAGAUGCCCACGACCUUCCGCUUGAAUCAAUUUCUAUUCAACGCGAUAACUUAGUGUAUGCUAAUGCGGCUCUUCAAACCGAGGCCACGGCUCUCAUUGACAACCUUCCCCCCGAAAACGAUGCCGAUGUACUGCUUGACCGCACAGCCGUUGAGGAACAUACAAAAUCGACCACAGAAAUGUCUGACCCCAACUUUCUUGAGUCACAAAUUCAAGAUAUGAAUAGCGAAACCUUUCCCCAACAACGCUCUUUGGUCGAGCUCAACUUUGAUAUCCUACUGCAGAUCCGACAGCGCCAUCAAAAUCCACGCGCACUCAAGAGUAGCAAAAAUUAUGCAAAAUUUAAGGCAGGCCUACUAGGUAAAACUGCCUCCCAACAAGGGGAGGUCCUUCCAGGCUCAUUGGCUACCCCGCACGCAUCGGAAGGACUAUCAACAGAGACAAGUCACGCAGCGCUAGCUCGCUCGUUCUUGCAGACAUUGCGCGAUCAUGAGCUUAGUAGUCAUAAGAUCUCCCCCCGCCUACAACGCUGGAUUGUAAGUGGGGGUGAGACGGAUGGACAAUUCAAGGGCAACACAGCAAAUGCUAAAAAAGCCGCAGAGACCCGUGCAGACUCCUAUGUCAAACUUCGACGCGAUUGCUUGCGGAAACGCGGCAUUCCCAGGCUACUCGAAGAUAUUGCCACGGCACGAAUUACUAUCAUUGACCCAAUCAAACCCGGGACUUUUGUCUGGAUUAUGUUGGAAAAGCAAAUUAUGCUUGGACGAGAAAAACUCAAACUGGAUAUUACAGUUAUGGCUAUAUACAUCAAGGAGGGCGGAUACAAUGGGAUGAACCUAUGGGUCCCCCAGACCACUCAUCUCGGGCACAUCUCAUAUGUCGCAGUCCAAACCUAUCAGAAGGUUGCAUCGCGGGCCAAGUAUCGUGCUAUACAUCUUGGUCGGCCAAUGGAGAUCCCGUACUACCAACUUGUACCGACAAACGAGCUCUUGAUGCGCGUCGGCUUCGUAAACACGCCAGGCUCGGAAACUGAGGACAUCGAAUUGAAGGAUCGCCACAUUCUCGACGAGAGAGAUGAAUUGGCGCGUCUUUUACCCGAACUAGAGAAGGCCGGUAUACCACGAGUGGGUUCAAAAGCCAGAACGGGAUCGUAA